AUGCUAAGGAAGCCAGUAUCAGUUCACAAUACAAAUAUUGGAAUUAAUACAAGUUCAUUUCGGACUGAUUUGGCUCUUGCGUAUGAAAGUUUUGGACAUCAUGCAUCACUGAUCAACAAAACUUGUAAUUUUUACGAAAGUACAUCUUACAUCCGAGAUAUACAAAAUGACAGAAUCCAAUGUCAUUUGAACGUGAAUGAUGUAGUGACAAUUCAAGUAGCUGAUUAUAGUGAAAGUUACGCAACCAUCAAGG